AUGGAUUAUCCGGAUAUUUUGCGGCUAAAUGGCCAUUCAAAUUUUGUAGAAGAUUGCUGCUACUCCGCGGACAGUUCACGCAUUGUAUCUUGUAGUGGAGACCAAACGGUUUUGUUAUGGGACACACAAACUGGUCAAAAAACACAAACUAUUGGAAAACAUGACGCUGAAGUAUGGUCAUGCGAUUUCAGCCCGUUUGGUAUAUACAUUUGUUCUGCUUCGAGUGAUAAAACGGUGCGCAUUUGGGACCAACGCGUUCAAGGUGAGGUAGCCACAUUCAAAGGGCACACCAAAACUGUAUGGUCAUGCACAUUUCACCAAAGUUGGUCGUCUUGGAAACUAGCGUCAGCGUCAUCAGACAACAGCGUGAAAAUUUGGAAUUGGAAAACACUAAGCGUUGAACAAACUAUCGAAAAUCAUCAAAAUAAUGUUGACCAUGUUUCGUUUUCCAAUAAUGGGCAAAGUUUGGUGACUUGUGGUCGCGACUGGACGGUUCAAAUUCUUGAAAAUUAUUCAGACAAAUCUGAACGUAAACUUAAAAUUUUAGCCAAACAUAGAAGCCGGGUAAAUUAUUGUUGCUUUUCCGGAACAGACGAUGAAUUGGUAUUGUCGUGUUCUGAUGAUAGAACUGUCAAGGUUUGGGACCGAGUGACUUUGGCCAACACAAAAACGUUCACAGGCCACCUUAAUAAUGUAUGGUCUUGCGAUACUCGACCUUUGGGUGAUAGAACUAUUCUGGUGUCUUGCUCUAGUGACAAGACUGUCAGGUAAUGAUGUGGUUAAAUUGGCGUUUCGAGCGAAGGCCAUUCAUUGGGACGAGGUAGUGAAUAAUGUAUCAAAGAUGUGAAGUUGGAAAUAUGUUAGGUCCGGAAAAUUUUAUUCCUCCUUCCAACAUUUCCGGGAAAAACAUGUAAUGCCCCCCAAAAUAACAACUGCUCCGCCGCCACUGGCCUUUGUGAUUACUUGACGAUUGACCAUCUCUGGAUAUGAAUUGGACCAAUCACCGAGUAACAGUGUCUGUGAUAUUUUCUAACUUUCAUUUAGAUUUUGGGAUAUGCAAGAUGGAUCAGAGUUACGGAAGAUAAGGACAAUGGAUAAUGAAAUUGAAUCCGAGGAUCAACUUCUCUGUUGUCGGUUUUCUCCGGACAUGUCUCAACUUGCCGUGUGUUCGAAUAAUGGCAACCUAUACCUUAUUGAAAUGAGAGGAAUCGUGCAAAAAAUGUUGGAGCAUUUUACCUAA